AUGUGCCAAUCUCCUCUACACGAAUUCCUAGAGGGUCUACCCAAAUGCGAGCAUCAUGUCCACCUAGAAGGUACUCUGGAGCCAGAGCUCAUCUUCGAGCUCGCAGCCCGUAAUGGUAUCACGCUGCCGACCGACCCAGUCUAUAACUCAAUCGAGACACUCAAGAAGCGCUACGAGCACUUCACCAACCUCGACGACUUUCUCCACUUCUACUUCGAAGGCAUGGCCGUGCUCCGCAAUGAACAAGACUUUGCCGACCUAGCCUGGUCCUAUUUCCAAAAGGCGCACGCAGACGGCGUGCACCACGCCGAAGUCUUCUUCGACCCGCAAGUCCACGAAAGCCGCGGCGUACCCUAUGCCACGAUCGUUACGGGCUUUUCCAAGGGCUGCAAGCGCGGAGAGGCCGAGCUCGGCCUAAGCACACGACUGAUUCUGUGUUUCGUGCGCCAUCUUCCCGUCUCGUCGGCGCAGGAAGUCUACGACAAGUUCUUGGCCCACGAGCACUUCGAAUCUGGCAUUGUCCAUGGACUUGGCUGGUCUUCUUCAGAAGUGGGACCACCAAAGGACAUGUUCCGAGAGAUCUAUGCGUCGGCUGCUAAGAAGAAUAUCCCGCUUACGGCACAUGCCGGCGAGGAAGGUGAUCCGAGUUACAUCAGCACGGCGCUUGAGCUUGAUGCGCAGCGCAUCGAUCAUGGAAUCAGGCUAGUUGAAGACGAAGAAUUGAUGCGGCGUGUUGCGCGUGAGGGGAUUCUGCUUACUGUGUGUCCGUUGUCGAAUGUACGGCUGCGCUGUGUCAGCUCUGUGAAGGAGGUGCCUAUUCGGCGGUUCUUGGAGGCUGGUGUGAAAUUCUCCAUCAACAGUGAUGAUCCUGCUUACUUUGGUGGUUAUAUUCUUGAUAAUUACUGCGCUGUGCAGGAAGCUUUUGACUUGAAUGUGUUGGAGUGGAGGAUCAUUGCGGAGAAUAGUGUCCAAGAGAGCUGGGUCGAGGAUUCACGUAAGGCCGAGAUGCUGGCGUCUAUCGAGGCACAUGUGAAGGAGUAUAUGCAUACCGUUGCUGCAUGA